AUGGUAUUCUACGAAGCCAAGAUGACUUAUGAGGCUGCAGGCAUCACUGGCUGGGAAACAGCCCAGAGCGGGAGGGGAGCUGUUCUGAGAAGCAUAAUUUCUGGAUCUGCUGUCUCUUACAUGAUUCUGCAUUAGCCACUCCUCAACCCUCUCUCUGCAGGCCAACAGAAAAAACUUUCAACCGCAUUGGCCACAGCUAGUGAAGUUCAACAACCAUCUCAUCACCGAUGGAGGUUCCAUCCCUGGAGGUCCCAUUUCUGGAUGUUCAAUCAUGUCUCUCCCACUUUGGAGCUGGAGCAGGAGAUACAGCAGGAGGAAGAAAUUGAGGACAAUGAACUGGAUACCAAAUCAUCCUUUGAAAAUCUGUUGAGUUCCGAGCCCUCCCGGGAGCACUUACUGGUCUCUAAAAUUCAAUCAAUGACAUAUAGUGAGAAGAGCUUGGUGCUGGAGUCUAUCCGGCAUUACCUAACAGAUUAUCUGGAGGUGGAAUGUGAGUUCAUCUCAUUAGGGAUUCUUGACACCUAUCUCCAGGAUCUCAUUUCCACAGUGACAGAAUCUACACAUUCCCUGGACAAGAAAAUUCUCUUUUACUGUUAUGGAUUGAUCCUCAGGGAGUCCUCAGGAGAUAUGAAAAUACUAAGGCACUUGUUUGCUCUCCUAGAGCUGUCUCACCAGGUAGCCUACCAACGAGAGGGCAUAGCACUAGCAAUUGGGCUGGCAUCUGCUAGCUACCCGGAAGAAACCUGGACUGCACUGGAGAAAUUUGGCCAAAAAAGAAUACUGAGGCUUGGCCUAAAGCCCUCUAACCCCAAGAUCACUCAUGACAUUUAUUGGAAGUGGGCAAGCAGUACAGCCCUGCUCUGCUAUGGGCAGAUGGUGGUCCAUGCCAAGGACAUCAUGCUCCCGUGGGUGGACAAAAUCAUCUCCAGGAUAGUGUACUACUUCAACUGCAGCAAAUAUGAUGACAUCCUGAAGCAUAGUUUCCUCAGUGCCACCGUCAUGAUCUCCACAGCACUCAAGGACAAGAAUGUAGCAAAGAGCUACACAUUCAAACAGCUCCCAGACCUGAUUGAGUGUAUACUGAUCAGCAUUCAGAAGGAACCUCGAGAAUUUUUUGACACAUAUUUUCAUCAGAAGAGCCUGCAAGUUAUCAGCAUAUUGAGCUCCCUUCAACCGUGUCUCAGUACAAAGAUCAAAACUAAAGUUCUCAAUACCUGCUUUGAAAGUCUGUUCACACUUCCAGUCACAGAGAUGUUAGCAGACAAACUGCCUGGCCAGGAGACUUCACCUGCUGCCAAGAGCCUGUAUAUGAAGACCAUGGAUAACCUUGAUCUGCUUCUCCAGUGUUUCCUCUCUGAGCAUCAGACGAUGGAAGAGCUCCAAUUUCUCCUGGAGCACUUUGAGCCCUGGCUCAUGGCCAAAGAGCCCCACGAGAGGCUCCGGGCCAUGCAGACCGCCUUGAAGCUUCUCCAGUACUCCCAGGAAAACCUGGAUCUGACUCUUGAGACAUCGCUGGCAAUGAUGGGACAUCAGCUAGCCCUGUUCAGUCUUCUUUGGUGUGAUGAGAGUAAAGAAAACCAGCUCUGUGCUCAACAGUGCAUUUUGCUUCUCAUACAGCUCCUGACAGAUAAAAGGACUGAGGAAGUGCAUACGUGCACAUAUACAUUAAAGCAACUGAAGCAUUUGGACGUGAAGAUCUUGAAGGAAGUGAACAAAGAUUGCUCCCACCUGGUGAAGGUUUUUGGGCAAAAUCUCUCAGUGAACCAAAAGACCCAACUCAUCCUGACCUUCCUGAGUGGUCUAACAGGCAACAAUAAAGUCCGAGUAAAUCUGGCUUUGGAGUUUUUCAACAUUUUCCUGGAAACCCAAGGACUCAAGAUUGAGCAGGUGGCAGAAGUGUUUCAGAGCAUUUACAAAGUGCUCCCCUCUGUCAUAUUCCCAAACGUCCGGCACUCCCUUCUACAAACUAUCCCGAAGUUGGGGCAACAACACACUCAGGAGGUGGUUGAAGUGCUCCUGUCCUUAGCCCGACCAGUGGACAGGCAGGUCAUGGAGAUGUGGAAGACCAUGGCAGUGAAUAAAAACCUAAUGAGGAGACUGAUGACCCUGCUGCAGUUGAAAAUGGAGAUUCGGCCAUCUGAAGAAUAUUUGAUUUCAGAAAACAUAAAGGAUAAGACAGAACUGAUGUCCAUAGAGGCACUGAACACAAUUUAUGAACUCCUCUACAUCCAGGAGUUCAGGAUAAUGGUCCAUUGCACCUUUUCCAGCAUUCUUUUGGGCCUGCUGACACAACUGCACUACCUAUUUGAACUGAACUUGGUUGACAACUCUGUGGAUCCUUUUGAAAAUACCCUGAAGUUGGAAGAUCUCAGUCCUUUCAGGACGUGCCUGGAGGCUCUGAAAGGUCUUUUUUGGACCACUGACAACUGGGAGGUAUUUGCCUAUAUGGAGCUACAACAGGGUUGGGACCUUUUCAGGAAUAUGAAAACAUUCAAACAGGGUGUGACUCUCCUGACUAGGGCCAUAACUCACUACAGUUGUAAGGUCAAGAACAUUUUAAGUCACGCUAUGAAUAGCAUGAAGAGUCCACAUGAGCGGAAUCAUUUGGUAGGCAUCCUUGUUAUUAUCGAGCUUCUCAACAGCAAAGAAGUCGCACAAUGGAAGUUUCGAAGGUCUAUCGGGAGCAUCCUAACUUCAUCCCUGAGAAAUUCCAACAUGGUGGUACAGACCAUGAGUUUGCAGGGGUUGGGCAGCCUUCUACUUCAACCUGAGAAGGGAGAUCUGCUCCGGAACCAACUAUCAGACCUGAUGGCAGGAUUGUUGCAUAAGGAAGAGGAGACCAUUUUGGUACUUAUGAACAUUAUUGCUGAAAUUCUGCAUCGUCUGACUUUGCAGGGUGUUGGCUCCAACAGCCUCAAGGUGGCAGAGCAGCUGUAUGAUCUCUUUGAAGAUGAGAGAGAAAAGGUUCGAGGAGAAGCCAUUUUCCUUUAUGGAGAUGUGAUCUAUAGUGUUGGGAAGAAGUAUGAGCAACAAUUGAAGAUACAUGCUUUUCAGUGCCUGGUUCCUCUCCUCUUCCAUCUGGCUGACUCAUGCCCAGAAGUUGUUCUGAAGACUAAGUCCACCUUCAUGCGUCUUGCCAUAUUAUUCAACUGGGGUUUUCGGAAGGAACUGUUCAGCACACUGGCCUGGGGUGAGGGUCUAGGAGCUGAGAAUGACAUCUUUCUCUACAUGGUGGAGAGCAAUUUUGGGGAGUAUCAUUUGUUCCUCCUGCAGGCUUUUCUAUAUGUCAAGAGCCCUCAGAAGAACCUCCAAAGGGCUGCCAUGAAGUUCAUUGGUGGGAUGCUGAAGGACUAUUUUUCUGAUCUCUGCUUUUAUAUGAACAAGUCACAUGUGAAGCUGCUGACAAAAAAUUUUGAAGCUCUGCGAAGGGACCAAGACCCCAAUAUCAGAAAAUUCUACCUGAAUUAUUCAGAAAAUAUCUAUGAACUGUCCAAAUAUGUGGCUUAA